UUUUUUUGUAUUGUGUCGAAUGGCGGAAAAAAUAUUCAGUUUGAUUGGAUACAUUUCGAAUACGACGACAGAAUUGGUAAAAGAUGGUGAAGAGUUGACGGAAUUUGAAUCGAUUGAAACCAGUGAUUCAUAUUGUAAAUUUCGAAGUCAAAUUGCACUGAAACGUUAUGCUUUGGAUGAUGAUGAUGGCAAUAAUUUAUGGACCAUAUAUGAAUGUGGUCCUAAACAAAUCGAUUGUCCUGUGAUAUUUUUACCACCAGUAAGUGGUACGGCUGACAUAUUUUUCUAUCAAAUGUUGUAUCUUUGUGAUCGUGGACAUCGUGUUAUAUCGGCCGAAUAUCCUGACUAUUUUUCUAUCGAUGAAUUUAUCACUGGUUUUGAUCGUUUCAUACAAUCAUUUCAAAUACGUAGAGCACACAUAUUCGGUGCAUCAUUGGGUGGAUAUUUAGCACAAAAAUAUGCUGAAAAAUAUCCCGAACGGAUUGCAUCAUUAAUUCUAUGCAAUACAUUUGCCGAUACGACACGAUUUCGUUUUGUAAACACGAUACCUUUAAUAUGGAUAAAUCCAUCGCCGGUAUUACGGAAAAUAUUCAUAACGAAUCGAAUACCCGAACAGGCUGAUGAAAGAAUACGUGCCGCAUACGAAUUUAUGUCUACACGAUUAUCCUCAUUAACACAUAAACAAUUGGUAGCUCGUUUACAUUUAAAUCUAACUGAAAACUAUGUACAACCAGAUAAUCUUCAAUCACUUACAAUCACCAUAAUCGAUGUGUUUGAUGAAUGUUCUAAUAGUGAAUCUACACGUAUUGAACUAUAUAAAAUGUAUCCAAAUGCACGAUUAGCACAUCUAAAAUCUGGUGGUAAUUAUCCAUAUCUAAGUCGCAGAAGAAGUGAAUUUGCAUUUAUUGGUUCAUCUACGACAAUUUCAUCAUACUGAAUUGGUAUCUAGCGUUCAUUUUCUUCCCACAAGAUCUGACGAUUAACCGAAACAAAAAAAUUGAAAUGAAAACUGUGAUUUACAC